AGAACAUGACAUCCAAAGUGAUCUCUUUCCAGGAGGAGACGCUGGCAGAAAUUCUUUCUGUUGCACCACUCCUUCUGAAAGCUGGGUGCAUUGAAGCUCUUGAAAAUCUGUUGCCCAGGGCAGAGAGCUUUGUCAUUCUCCUCCUGAACAACGAUGCAUCCGCCCGAAAGAAACUACUCAGGUUGCUCAGCAUUCGGACGAGGAUGCCUUUACUUCCUGAUUCACUUGAAGCAUCUGACUCAGCAAGACAGGAGCUUCAUGAGCUCCUUCAGGUCGCAGAUGAUCAGAUAGAAGCAUUGCUGUCUGGAAUUCAGGAGUCAGAGCUUCGAGGCCUUCUUGCUGAAAUUGAAUGGAGUAUGCUGGAACGUCUCCAGAAAAGCUUGAAGGCAUCUUGCAAUCCUUGCAAAGAUUGGAUCGAUCAAGAAGUGGGCUACAAACGCGCCCUGUUGUUUUACAAUUAUUUUCGCCUUGACCUGAAACGGUUUGAUGAGUAUUGGCAGUUGCUGAUUGAGAAUUACCAACAUGCUGGUGAGUCACUGCUCGUCCGGGACACAGGGGCACGUAACAGAGGGGCGAAGGCUGCAGCACUGGUCUUGGCCACAUUUUCAGACAGGGUAGCAACCCCCCUGAAAGACAUUGAUUACCAGGUGCUUGAACAUGCUCACAGACUCCUCAAUAAUCGUGCGGAAGCAAUUGAUCUUGCAAAGCGCUUCUUUAAGUACAAGAUCAGGAUUGCUGACCAAGUGGCUUGGCCUCCAGCGUCAUCCGGACGUAUAUUCCUGGAAUUGGCAGCUCGUCAGGGGGACGAGAAGGAACAGUUUCUUUUGCUGGUGAGGGCAUAUAAUGUGUGUGCGUCUGAUACGCUCAUCCGUAGAGCUUUGCUAGAACAACUUCAUUGCAAGAUCUUGGAAGUGGAUUCCUUCGGUGGCGGAACCGUUCGCACCACUGCAAAUUCCGCGUGCAGCACUGAUUCUUCCAGCCUGGAGGAGUUGUUUCUGAAGGUGAGUUUAGAGGAGGAAAGGCAGAUUCCAGCGGAUUUGAUUAACAAGCUGACUCUGAAGGACACAUAUCUCCAGCGCCUCAAUGGAGAUUUAUUGCCAUGGGCACAGCAACUGGGCCAUGCAGGUCGACCUGUUGAUGGCGCGCGCCUGGCGGUGCUGGUGGGGCAACGUUUGGCCCGGAAGGGCGACAAGGAAAGGGCAGUGGAGGCGUUCUUUUUGGCGUUUCGGUUGGAUUCUGGAAAUUCUGAUGCGGCCAGUGGCCUUUUGGAUUUUGCAGAGUUGGUAAUUGCAGCCAACCAAGCGGCAAGCCACAAGGUUGUGACUAGAGGAAGGAAGCCAGUGCCAAAGCACUUUGCUGUUGGACUGGGACUUGACAGAAAAAAUCUUUACAAGCAGCGAAGGUGUGGACAGCCCAAAGUUCCGAAUCUCCCUGCAGGUCCUAGCUUGGAUUAGCAUUUUCCCACUGGAACCAUACCCAAAAUGCAUCCUGAACCUGAACCGGGCUACAGAUGUGAAGCUGAGAGUGGAGGUGGGGAAUUCAAAACAGAUAGUUGAGAGUGGCAAUGGGAUGAAAUUCCAAAGCUUCUACCUUUGUAGCCAAUCAGACCUUGAUGGCCACAUGACUGUGCACUCAGUAUGAUGUCUAUAUCAACAUGCCCCGGAAGCGUCCUCGGAGGGGCGCGGUCCAGGGUCGACAAGUCUUAAUGCCAAUGCGCUCGAUGAAACCUGCACCAAUCAAGGAGGAAAAGGUC